AUGGCGGCGAAGGGUGGUGAGAAAAGACAAAGAGAUGAGGAGGAAGAGGGAAGUGAAGGGAAUAAAAGACAGAAAGGUCUCGACGCUGUCGCCACACAAAGAACAAUCAACUUGGUGAGGAAAUUAUUUAAUGAACGCGAUAAAGAAAAACGAGAACAAAAUAUUAAGACGAUUGCACAAAUGGUUGUUGCGAGGGAUAAUAAAAGCAAACAUAUAAAUAAAUUGGCGGAAAUGGUUAAGAAAACAAAAACAUUAUAUAAAGAAAAACGCAAUUACAAUAUAGAGGAUCGUGACCUCAUAGAAUUAGCAGCGCUCGUACAAUCACAUAAAAAUGUUAACGUUCCGAAAAAAGCCUUUUCGGUACGUCAAAUACGCACUCACGAACGUUUUGGUUAUAACGAAUAUAUAUUUGAUGUAAAUGUAGGCGGUAAUCAUAUGUCGAAUUUACCUGAGUUUUUGGUAAAUUUACGACGUGUAUUCGAGUAUUUAAUAAAUACCGCAUUGUAUUAUGCUCAGACGAACACAGACAAGGCUAGAUUUUUUAUCUCGAAUGCCCCACGUACUCCUUUUUCCACAAGCGUGUUAACUGUCACGGAUUUUACACCGGAGAUGUUUUUUAAUAUUUUCGAGAAACACAUGCAAAGUAAUGCAGAAGAGAUUAUAAAUAAUGGCUGGAAUACCACCGUUAGCUUGUAUAUUUUUCCAAAUAAUUAUGUUUCGCGUAAUAAAACGUCGCGGGUAAAAAAGAAAAAACAAAAUAAAUUGUAUAAAUAUUUUGGAAAAAACACCACAGAGUCCGGUAGCGGUAAACAAAAUAACCCGGCGUUAAAACAUGGUCGUGAAGUUCGCCAUGGUGUUUUUCAGAUCGGUACUUCAAAUGUUAAAAAUUGUUGUUUGGCUUUAGCACUUCUAGUGGGUAAAUCCUAUCUGCACAAUGACUCAAACGCACACAAACUGAAACGCAACAGUAACAUACCUUUAAGUAGUAUAUACACAGACGAAGCUAUUACAAACGUGUAUACGGCUAGUCGGUUGCCCGUGGGUCUACCCGUUCGUGUUGAUCAAUUAAGGGACGUGUAUGAAAAAUAUUUGAAAUCUGACGGGAUCGAUUUGGUUGUUUUUUCAAAACAACAAGCCGACAGUAUUGUAUACGAUUCACGAUUAGAUGGUGGUGAUUGUCAAAUACAUCGUAUUACGAAUAAUGUUAUUUUUUUAUGGCUCAACGAAAAACACUAUUUUAGUGACUUCGCCGUAUACGUUUGCACGUUUAAAUUUGGGAAGGUUUUGUUUUGCUUGCAUGCGCUAUUUUCGUAG